AAAUUUUCUUAGCUUUUCCGAGUCACUCUCUGGUCUUAGCUGCACAUUCAACACUCUUGCUAAAAACACACUUCUGUUGAGAAAAAUUAACUGUCGUCGGCUAGUUGCAGUGUGAGUGCGUUACUUGAUGAAUUCUUCAAGUGCUCUUAUCUAAUCUACUCGACGCAAAAAAUAUUAUAAUAUAAAAUAAUAACAAUAAUAUACAUUCAUAUAUUUUUACUACAGUAAUUAGACGUGCGUGUAUACUUGGUGUAGCUGGUAAACUCUGUGAGACAAGCGUCACUUGUGAUUAUACUGAAGAUGAUCAACAAGGACACAUAGCUCUGUUGUAUUGUUGAAAAAGCUAUAAAAAAUCCUCGAAAACGGCGACAAGUUGACGGUGAGUGAAAGAAAUAGUUGCGAAAAAGUGUCAUUUACUCCAAGUGCUGAUGAAUUUAUGAGCUUGUCUGUAACAUCUAUCGAAGGUGAAUUGGAUUUAUGAGUUUAAUUGUCACGGUUCGUCGCAAGGCAUUGAAAUAAAAUAAUAAUUACUAUUUUAAUGCCCAAAAAAACAUCACGUUUAACUGGCUGCUGGGUGGGGCUAGGAAAUUAAAUGGUACUCAUAUCACGAGAGAUCAAAUUAAAUAAAUGACGUGAUAGAAGCCGUGUUUAUUUGUUUGCUAAAAUUAAUAUAACAAUUGGUCCAUCAUCAAUUACAAUAACCAUAAUAAAAAUAUAAGUUCCAACAAUAACAUCAAUAUCAGCAUCAUCAAUGGCAAAACAGUAACAGUAACAACAACAACAACGACAACAACAACAACAACAAUAACAAUAACAGCAGCAGCAGCUGAAUAGUUAACGUAAACUAUCAAUAAUGAUUAUUAAUUUAUACCAGUACUUGGUAGUUUAUGAAAGAACGGCAAUCCACCGAUUCAACCAAGAAACAUUUAAAAGCCAUACGCAGUGUAAUUUCAUUCAAUUCAAUUGAAUAUAAAUUUGUUUUUGUUUUUAUUUUCAUUUAUUCAAUUCAGCAUUGAGACUUACGACAGUUACAGUUUAUUUUUUUUUUCUAUUAAACCGUAAGCAUCAUCAGUGCAUAGCGGAAUUCCCGGUGCGUGCAGGUCAGUGUGUGUGACCUCGUUCAUCGUGUACCUGCAUAAAUUAGACGGCUUUUCAUACACACUCACAUUGUAUGAGGAAAGUACUUUUGUUUGUUUAUUUUCUGAUAGUUUUUUACAACUGCAAAGACAUUGAACACGCGGCAAGUGAACUGAAACACAUGCCAUAAGCAAACCCACGAGGAAAUGUCUAAUUUCUACAAAUGACGACACCGAGUACCAAUAAUUCAGGACGUCAGUGGAAGCAGAAAUUACUGGGAAGAUUGACCUAGCAGUAGAGCAACGCGAUGCAUCGGAGACUAGGUCACAGCAACUAUGACGGCAAAAUCGCUGGAUUAUAUGACUUGGAGGAAACCCUUGGGCGAGGUCAUUUUGCUGUGGUUAAACUCGCCAGGCAUGUCUUCACCGGGGAGAAGGUGGCGGUCAAGGUUAUCGAUAAGAGUAAGCUAGAUGAAGUUUCCCGAGCGCAUCUAUUCCAGGAGGUAAGAUGCAUGAAACUGGUACAGCAUCCCAAUGUAGUACGGCUUUAUGAAGUAAUAGACACGCAGACAAAGCUCUACCUUAUCCUGGAGCUUGGCGAUGGUGGAGAUCUUUAUGAUUAUAUAAUGCGGCACGAUAGUGGAUUAAGCGAAGAGGUGGCGAGAACUUAUUUUCGUCAAAUAGUGAGAGCCAUAUCAUACUGUCACCGCCUUCACGUGGUCCACAGGGAUUUAAAACCCGAGAAUGUCGUGUUCUUCGAGAAAAUUGGCACCGUUAAAUUGACAGACUUCGGUUUCAGUAAUCGAUUUUGUCCUGGGCAAAAGCUAGAAACAUCUUGUGGCUCGCUGGCCUAUUCAGCACCAGAAAUUCUUCUAGGUGACAGUUACGAUGCACCAGCGGUUGACGUCUGGUCCCUUGGUGUCAUUCUAUACAUGCUGGUCUGCGGACAAGCACCUUUUCAGGAAGCUAAUGAUAGUGAGACAUUAACGAUGAUAAUGGACUGCAAAUACUCAAUUCCUUCACACGUGUCAGACGAGUGUAAGAGACUUAUCGCUAAAAUGUUAGUACGUGCACCUGAGGGACGUGCGACUCUUGAACAAAUUGCCAGCGAUCCUUGGCUGGGUAUUGAGACUGAUGAUCCCGUAGAUGUUUUACCUCUUGUUUCUAGAGAACAGGUUUCUGAUGAACAUCAUAAUCUAAUAAUUACUAAAAUGGUCAACGGAAAUAUUGCUACGAAAGAAGAAAUUUUAGAUGCUCUUGACAAAAACGAGUACAACCAUAUCACGGCUACGUACUUCCUGCUGGCAGAGAGAAAAUUACGAGCCCAUCGACAAGAACAAGUACAAAAAAAUCGUACAGAACUGGACGUUAAUACACGUCGCCAUAAUGAUCUCUCUAUGAGCGAUCUACGUGCUGAACCAAAUUUAGUUGGUAGUGUGAAUCAAUCGUUAUUAUCAGUACCAAGAACACCUGGAGACGUACCACAGAAUUCACGAACGCGUAAGUGCAGUAUCGUCCAAGAAGAAGAAGAUGAAGACGAUGUGUCUUCGUGUUCCGGUCGAGACGAGCAUGGUAGCAACUCGGCGUUGAAUUCAUUAAAUCGUCGUGGUUCCAGAUCAGAGGGUAAAUUAUCACAUAUACUACAAGAGCGGUUGGCUCAAUUACCAGAGAAGCACGCUGUAUUGAAACAGCCGUCACGGCAAAUAAUUCAAGCCCAAGAAAUAACGCCAAAGGAUUCACCGUCACCGAGUCACACAUUUACCGUUGUUAAAGUACAUCAGGAUCCUUCUUAUCCUGGUGAUGAAACAAUAACUGAGGAGAAUAUGAAUAACAGACUGCCAUCAACUACAGGAUUAACUUAUACUACUACUACUACUACGACUUUAACUUCAACUUGUUCAUCUCCUAAAAUAAUAACACCGUCAACAACAACAGAAACAACUACCGUAAGUGGAUUAACUAAAAUACCUAUUUACAGUAAUACCACCGAGAGGUCAAAUUUACCAGCAGAGUCUUUGGAAACUUCAGUACCUGUGCCAAAUUAUAAAUGGAAAAUGGGUUCUCAGCAUAAUCGUAGUAUAAACGAUUCAGUAACAACCGUACCGUCGUCAAAAAAUUUAUCCAACUUUGAGGUUGGUUUUUCAAAAUUAGGAACAAUAACAACAACCAUUUUAACAGAAUCAUCAACAGCACCGUCGCCGAUACGUUUACCAAAGACAUUAUUCACUGGCGACAGCAACCUUCAACCCAAAUACAAAACUAUGCCUUUGACAGGCAGUGCUGCGGUCCCGGCGACGAUUGGGGAAAUCCAGUCGGAAAAAUUAGCACUAAAAGAAAUUUUGGAAGACGGCGACGUACUUGAAUCCACUGAGAGUGGUGGUGGCGGUGACAAUUCGUCGAAAAGCCGCGUUGUGAGACGCACUGGGUACGAACAGAAGCGCAGUAAAUUUCACAAGACCCGUACUACGUCUUGCUCGAGUUCGGAUGCGAGUGAUGAUGACAGUGAAGGAAGAAAGAAACGCGCUCACAAGCUGGGUGCAACAACAGGUAAGCCUCUGCCUUCGAGGCGGGACAGCCAUGACGAUUCUAGUGAUUCUCAGGAUCCUGGAGGCAAUGGAGGUGGCGGCCUAGGAAACAGUGAUAAUGUUCAGCACACUGCGUCUAGUAAUACGAGCAGUGAUGGAAAUGAAAACAGUACUUCAACGACAACGACCACGACAACGGGUACCACUACCAGUGGCGGUAAAGUCCAAAGGUGUACAGAAUCUCAGGCAAUGACUUUUGGACGCAGACAUCGUGCUGGUAGACGUCGGGCCGGUGAAACGAGGCUUAGGGAAAGUCAAUCAUUGAAUCGCAUUACUGAAGUACAAGAGGCUGAAAUACCAAGCGCGUGUCAUGCUCUCUAUCGAAAUAUAACAGUCGUUACUUCAACUUGUAAUUCGACUUCAACAAUGUCAAUAAUUAAUUCUAAAUCAAUAACAGCUACCGCAACGGCAACAACAACAACAACAACAACAACAGCAGCAACAACAACAACAACAGCAAUAAUAACAAUGUCUAAUUCAAUAAAUAGUUUAGCCUCUACAACAACAACUAAUAUAAAUAGCAGUUCUUUGACGACUAGUUCUACGACUACAGUACAACGAGCUAAAGGAUUUGGAGCAAGGCUUUUACAAAGUUGGAAUCUCAGCACCAAGGGACUCGGUACUCAAUCUGUUAAUACUAAAUCCCCAGGAUACUGUUGCAAAGACACGAAUAGUGGUAGUAAAAUAGGUAAUCAAGAGGAGAGUAAAUUCGUAGAGAUAAUACGCGAAGACAAGGGGAAAUGUGAGCUCAACCGUGGCAUGUUAAAUUUCGAAAAGGAAAACACAAAAAGCUCGGGAAUGAACAAUACGCGUGGUAGUAGCGGUAAUAGUGGUAAUGAUUGCAAAAGUAGAAAAAUAAGACUUCUUACACGUUACUUUGCAGUACACAAAAAAUUGUGUGUCCCGUUGCCGGGUUUUCUCGGCAAAGGUAAAUUGUACAAAGCCCGUUCUUGUGGCAAUAUCUCUCGGGAGCGGGUCUCCCCGUCUUCACCAAAGUCUGUACUACUUUGUGCUACCAGCGACGAUAAAUGGCGUGAACGUCACCAGUGGAGUGAUACUAAAGAGCAUCACCAACAACACCACCAGCAAAAUCAUCAACUUCAACAGCAGCAUCAUCAACAACAACAGCAACAACAACAAUUGUUACUACAACAGCAUCGCGGUAGUGACGGUGACAUAAAUCAGAAUCUUGGGUUAGCUCAGUUUGUACAAGACAGUGUUAUGAACAAUGGUUGCGUCGGUUUACCAGCCAUUUGUCACAUUCACCUUGGUGACCCAUCCAAGUGUUGCAGUCUCUGUUGAUAUGAUUUAUUAUUAUGUGGUCCUCCUGACGGUUUAUAAUUAUUUACUGGAGGGAACAGUGCAAUAAUAUUAUCACAUGGUUAAGUCUAAGUCUUCGAAUAAAUUAAAACAUAAAUAUAUAAAUAUAUAAUUAUUUUUAAAUAAUUUUUGAAAUAUACAGUCCAUGCGCUGUUCAUUGCUUUUGUUUUAUAGUUUGAAUUUUUAAGCCUAUAAAAUCUGUCGGCGAUUUUUUUUCUACUUUUUAGUAUGAGAGGUUUGAAUUUCAAAUUUUUUUGUUCAAUUUAUGAUUAUAAGUAAUAAAUAAUCAUAAAAAACUACAAAAAAUAUGCAUCUGACAUUUUUUGUACUGAUUAAUAAGAUAAUAUUGACAUAUUUGUGAAAAAAAAAAAUUAUCGUUUAUAACAAAAAGCUGAGUAUUGAUUUUUUUUGAAAAAUUGAGACUUGAAAUUCUAUGGCUAAAAAAAUAUUAAGAAUUGUUAUAAAGCUUCAUGGACGUUGAAAUUUAUAAAUGAUGAAAACAAUAAAUAGCGUAUAAACUAAUAACG